AUGCCUUCGUCCAAGGGAAAGCCUACUGAUCCUGAGCUGAGAGAAGAGAUCAAAGAAGAGAUCAAGCAAGAACCUAACAAGUCCGGCGGCGGAGAGGGACAAUGGGCAGCAUGGAAGGCAUCAAAGCUGGCGAAAGAGUACGAGAAGCAGGGCGGCGGAUAUGAGAACGAACCAGGAUCGAAGAAUGAGCCGAAGCAGGGCGCGCCUCAGAAGAAGAGCGAAAGCAAGAAGAAGGCCGAGACUACAGAAUAG